CCUCGCAGCCCGUCGCCGGGAUACGGGGCACGGGCGGGCGCGGGGAGCCCCAGGCCUCGCAGCCCGUCGCCGGGAUACGGGGCACGGGUGGGCGCGGGGAGCCCCAGGCCUCGCAGUGGAGGGAGGAGAGCACAGGUGUCAUGGCGAGACCAAAGCGGCAGAAACUGCCCAAUACGACCCUGAAGCGAGCCGUGCUCGGCCUGCUGCCCGCCUGCUGUGCCCGCUUCCUCUGGAGCCAGCCCGACCAGCUCCGCCUCAGCAAGUUCUUCCUGGGCGCAGGCGUUGGGGGCUUCCUGGCCCUCGGCCUCUCCCAGCUCCUCAUCUUCCCUAUGAGCCUCGACGAGGGUCACAAGAUCGAGCUGAUGUACGGGCUGGCAGGUGUCAGUGCCCUGGGCUGGGGCGUCUCCCCGCACUUCCGCUGCGCCACCCUCCUGGUGGCCCCCAAGUUCCUGGGCAAGGAGGGGAGGCUCUACCUGCUCACCUACGUCCUGGCUGCCGUCUAUGACGGCCCCAUCGCCAACAUGCGGCACAACCUGGACGAGGUGAUCCGCUCCGUGGGCUGCACCGUGGAGCUGCAGAUCAACCACAGCCGGCAGAUCUGGAAGGUGUCCACGGCCCCCCUGCGUGCCGUGCUGCGCGACAUGGUGAAAGGCGGACAGACCCUCAAUGCGGAGACCCGGAACGUCUCGCAGGCUUUCGCAGGGCUGAACGAGCAGGUGGCCAGCGAGGCGGGGUACGGCGUGAGGCGCCCGCGCCGGGCACAGGGGCAGCGCGCCGCCAGCACACAGCAGCUGUACGAGCAGGUGGCCAGCGAGGCGGGGUACGGCGUGAGGCGCCCGCGCCGGGCAGAGGGGCAGCGCGCCGCCAGCACACAGCAGCUGAACGAGCAGGUGGCCAGCGAGGCGGGGUACGGCGUGAGGCGCCCGCGCCGGGCACAGGGGCAGCGCGCCGCCAGCACCCAGCAGCUGUACGAGCAGGUGGCCAGCGAGGCGGGGUACGGCGUGAGGCGCCUGCACCGGGCAGAGGGGCAGCGCGCCGCCAGCACACAGCAGCUGAACGAGCAGGUGGCCAGCGAGGCGGGGUACGGCGUGAGGCGCCUGCACCGGGCAGAGGGGCAGCGCGCCGCCAGCACACAGCAGCUGAACGAGCAGGUGGCCAGCGAGGCGGGGUACGGCGUGAGGCGCCCGCGCCAGGCACAGGGGCAGCGCGCCGCCAGCACACAGCAGCUGUACGAGCAGAAAACCAAACUGCGCUGCAAAUAUGUGAUUGACGAGGCGAUCGGGCGCUGCCAGGCCUGGUUCGACGCCAAGCACAAGGCCUGUCUGCAGCGCAUUGCAGUGCCCCUCAUCAGCCAUCUGCUCUGCCUGCCCAUGAAGUUCAAGUUCCUCUGCCACGUGGUGCAGGUGAUGCACGCCUGGUGCAGGGACAAGAUCCCCGUGGAGGGAAACUUCGGCCAAACCUACGACAAGGUGAACGGCUCCGUGGCCGGCAUCAGCCAGGACUUCAGCGCCCAGCUGGUCAUCCAGCACGAGCCCCAGGACACGCUGAUGGGCGUGAACGUGUCCCGGGAGCGGCUCACCGAGGAGGUGACCUCGCACGUGCGUCAGCAGAGCGUCCGGCUGGGCCAGGCCAUCUCCGUGCUGCGCCUGCUGCUCUCCUGCACCUUCCUCUUCGUCUUCAUCUCCGCUUUCUCCUACACGAACCACUAUAACCAUGACAUCCGCUUUGACAACCUCUACGUCACCACCUACUUCCGCCAGCUCGACGCCCGGCGCUGGAAGCAGAAGAAGCGUACGUUGCUGCCCCUGCGCCGGGCCGAGGUCUCCGGCGUGAUCUUCCCCUGCAGGCUGGCCGUGCAGCCGCCCGAGCUGAAGAGCCUGAUGCUGGAGCUCCUGGAGUGCGUCCCCCCACUGCUCUUCCUGCUGCUGUCCUGGGGCCUCGACUAUGUCCUCUACACCAUGUUCAGCGUCAUCCGGCACCACUCCUUCGUGCAGUACUCCUUCCGCAGCAGCCACCACCUGGAGGUGCGGGUCGGGGGCCGCUCCCUGCUGGCCCGGCUGCUCCGAAGCACCAUCGGCGCCUUGAACACGUCCUCCGAGAUGGCACUGGAGUCGACUAACCUGGCCUGCCUGCCGCAGCCCCAGGCCAUGGCGCAGAGCGACUACCUGGCCAGCUGCCUGCCCCUGGGGGCCCUGGUGCUGCUGUGUCUGGGGCAGGUGUAUGCCCACCGCCUGCGCCGCGUCAUUGCUGCCUUCUACUUCCCCAAGCGGGAGAAGAAGCGGGUUCUCUUCCUGUACAACGAGCUGCUGCGCAAGCGCCAGGCCUUCGUCCGGCUGCAGAGGAGACGCAUCGCCCGGCGAGCCCGGCGGCACCAGGCCUUUGAGAAGCCCCUGCUGGAGCGUUUCUACCUCUGGUGCCCACUUCUGCGCCGCUGCCUGCGCCGGUACUGCGUGCUGUGCGGCUCGCCCGAGAGCCACACCUCCCAGCUGUGCCCAACGCCCACCUGCGGCACCAUCUACUGCCAGCCCUGCUGGAGGGACAUGGGGCAGGUCUGCUUCGCCUGCACCCCCGGCCACGUGUCCCUGUCUGGAGACAGCAGCAGCGAGGAGCAGAUGACCUACGCGGACUGA